AUGCAAGACACAUAAAUAUCUGAAGCAAUCACAUAACUUGAUUGUAUUAAAAAGAAAAUUCACAAAAUUAAGACUCAUAAUGAAAAAUUUCAAAAUAACAUGAAAUUGUGUCCAUUCCCUCCAGGAUUCCAUAAUACAUCUCAAAAUUUGAGUCCUAUAAAGCUUCAGAUACCCGUAGCAUCAUUAAAUAACAAAGACACCAUUUUGGAGGAACUUAUUUUAUGGGAUUUUGAAGAUGAUUAUUCUGAUGAAUAAUUAUUCAGAAAUCUCUUUUCUAUAGUAACAGAUCUUUUAGAAGAAAAAUAUCCUAACAAAAUAGGAAAACUAACAGCUUCAUAAGCACAAAGUAAAUAUUUUAUUAAUUGUUUUAGAAAUUAUUGAAGACUGUUUAUCUUAGAUUAAAUAAGCUAUUGAAGAUCAUAAAAAUUUGAAACAUUUAUCAGAUAUAUUAAUAUUUGAAUCAUAUAUUGAUAAAAAUGAUUCAAUGAUCAAUUUAUAGAUAUCAACAUCUAAAUUCAAUGAAACUAUUUAAUGGGAUUUAGACAAUGCUUUUUAAUAGUACUUAUUUAACACUACAAUAUAGUAUUGAUGAAUUUGUAUAUACCUAUUGUUAUGAAAAUAAAUUAGGUUUGGAAAAUAUUGUCUAAAUUGGAAAUUAAAUUAGAGAAUAAAUAUAAAAAUCAUUCGAAAAAAGGUAUAACAUAAUAUCAAAAUUCAUUUUAGAGGAUAGAUAAGGUAAAAAUAAUUAUUAAAUAUUUAGAAUUUAAAUAGAAAUUGCUUUCUCUCUUAGAUUAUCCCUCUUUUGAACCAUAUCAACCUAUAAAAGAAACACCUUCCAAUAAUGAAUUAAAUACAUUCUUUAAGAAAAACCUUGAUGUAUUGCCUCCUGAAUUAUAAAUUCUAUAUGGGCAAAAGCCAAUAUAAAAAUAAUUGUAUAAUUUUCUAUAUUAUCUCUAUAGGAAUGAUAUGUAUGUUGAUUAAGAUGAUACUAAAAAGUUUGAAAAAGAACUUAAUUAGAAAUCGAAAUACUUUGACAAAGUUAUUGUUUAGGAUUUGCUCAAUAGAUCUAAAUAAAUUUGA